AUGUCUAAAAAUGUUUUCAACCCAAAAUUGACGGACGAUCAAAUUCACAAUAUGGGACUUGAAAUUGAACAAAAAGAAUUUCAAUUAGGAAAGAGAGAGGCAAAGAAUGUUGUUGAUUUGAACUUUGGAUACGACGACCCCCUUCUCAAGAAAAGAGAUGCUAAGAAUGUAUUUGAUGCACAGGUAAUCAUUGAUGAUAUGGGAUUGACCAAAAGAGAAGGUAAAAAUGUUUUUGAUUUUAAUUUAGUAAUCGAUGAUGCUACAUUAACCAAAAGGGACGGUAAGAACGUUUUUGACUUAGAUCUAGUAUUAGAUGAAGCCGGUUUAAAAAAGAAAGAGGCCAAAAAUACUGCCCGAAUCAACUUCAUAAUUGAUGACGAUUUGGAUUUAGUUAAAAGGGGCGUUGAAGAUGUUAUUAAUCUUUCUUUAACAUUUCCUGAAAGAGAAGCAUAUCUAUCUUCCUUCGAAGACCCAAUGUCUUUGGGGUAUAUUAUUGGUGACUCCGAAUACAUUGCGACUUAUUUUGAAAAUUCUGAAGAAAGUUUAAGUAUUCAGUUGACGGAAGAUUCAAAUGGUUGUCACAAUAAGAAGAAUAUCCUUCAUUUGGAAUCUUUGUCUGAAAUAUUGAAUACUUUCAAAGAGAAAAUGCUUAAUCCUAUCAUUGGCUCGCAAGACAAGUUUCCAAUUGUUGAGUUAUCUGAAAAUGACAAACAUGGCAAAAUCGUAUCACCAGAAGGAUCCCUUAUCGAGCCAAUAGAUGUUGCAAGUGCGCUAGCGGCUAGGGCUGAUAUAAGUUUAUUUGCUAAAUACCUCCGGGACCUUCCAGAACUAUACCAUAAGUGUGAGACAAUUGAAGAAGUUGGGAGUAAGUCAGAGAAGGAUAUUUUAAUUUUUGCUCCUACUAAUGACGCUUUGAUGACUUUGAAAUUAAAGCCAUGGCAAUUUCCUGAAGAUAUCGAAGCGGCUAAGAAUGAACAAGAGCAGGAUGAAAUCAUCAAGCGCAACAUUUACAAUUUUGUGGGAUCUCAUGCUGCCGAAGCUAAAGGAAUUGACUUCUCCAACGAUUCAAAGGCUGUAAAAAUCAAAACCUUCAAUGGCAAAACUGUGAUUCUGGAAAACGAAGUUACAAAAUUCAGAAUCAAAGCAGAAGAUUCUGAUGAAUGGUCCGAUAUCACAGAUAUUGAGGUGUUUAGGAACGGAGCAAUUGUUACUCUUACUAAACCUUUAGUCCGUCAAUGA